AUGUCAACUAUCCGGUUCUUCGACUCGAUCCCUCACAUCGUCCGCUAUGGCAUGCAGAACGAGCGCGAGGGCAAGUGCUGGAUACUAUUCUGGCGCAACGCCGUGUGUUUCCGCGUCUCGGUUUCGCGCGAGGACGUCAAUGACACCCCGUUUGCCACGAAAUGGCUUGAGCUUAACAAGGAGGGUGCGCCCAGAGUUGAAGGCAUGAAGAAGUGGGUUGAGCGAUGGAAUGAGCUGUGUGACUGCAUCAUCAGCCAGUGUAUGCCCGUGCUGCAAGAAUUGGCUCCCCCUACUCGGCAAUGGAAGACACUCGAGGACCAUUUGCGCACUCCGGCGUACGAGUUGAAAAUGGUGGCAGAUCAGGAGACCGGCGACGCGGUGGCGAAGAUCACGAGUGGCCCGGUAGAGAAACCAUCCUACGAACACCACCUGCUACCAUUCUCCGACUUCGAGUCGAUGCCAGAGGAUCUCCCUCGGUACCGAGCGCAAGAUCUGCGUGUCCUGGGACAGGAGAAGGAUUGGCGCCACCCGCCGGCCAAGGUGCAGACGCAAGAUGGCGAGGUGCUAUACUUCUUGUCCUGCAACAAACCAACGAGGAACGCGAGAAAUGGUGAGAUCUCGAAUGCCUCGUUGAACAGGAUCAAUGCAUAUUCCAUACUGCAUUCAAAAUUGAACGAUGGCGUAGGUGGACACAUUCCGAAGCUUCUGGGUGUUGUGGUCAGCGAUGCAGGUGGAGGACUUCAGCACUGGCGCGCACAAGGCCAUCUAUCAGCAACCAACCAGUCAGCCGACGCGGAGACGGGGAAGGAGCUGCUGGUCGCCGGCGUCCUUCUCACCUAUGUUUCAAAAGCCAGGAGGUGGGCAGUGGUGGAGGGAAUGUUUGCGGACCAAAAAGACUCUGCUGAGGUCCUAAAAUGCAAAGAAAAAUGGAAAAGGCAGAUAGCUUCUACAGUCCAACUUCUACAUGGACACGGUAUCGCCAUCGGAGGUCGCUUGGAUUCCGACAACCCGUGGUCCUAUAUUAAUCAGCACACCGUUCACAUCGCACCGAUUGAGUCUGGAGAAGACACAAAUGAUGUGGCUGGCCUACGAUCGACGCUCCUAGCCGCAGACGCUUGGUUGAUGCUGCAAGCGAACUGCACAACACUUCCUCCAGCGGAUCAACAGCAAGAGCAGGACAAGAAGAACUUCGAGGAGCAGAAGACGAUGGACUGGAAGGCUGUUGACAAGUUGUUCAAGUUAUGA